AUGUCUUUGUCCUCCGCUGAUUCAUCGUAUUCUCGCGGCAGUGGGCUUCGAAGGAGAGGCGGGGUAGCAAGGUCUCCUGUGCCCUAUCGCGAGCACGCCAUGGAUUACGAGCCGACAGUGAUUUGCAGUCGAUGCGGCAGGAAGGCGCCGCGGUGGAUAUCCUGGAGUCCGGCGAACCCUGGUAGGAGAUAUUAUUCCUGCGUUGAUUCUCAUCACGGCUUCAUCGACUGGCAUGACACCCCCACGACGCCAUUUCUUCGUCAAUUGCUAGGAGAUCUACGAGACAAAGUGUGGAGGCUGGAGGAUGAGCUUGCUGGGCAGUCACCAGAAGGAGAAGUUGUUCUUUUGAGAGAGGAAUUGGAGAAGAAAAAUGCUUUAGUUGCAGAAAUGGGAGCUAGAUGUGAUAGCAAACAUGAGAUGGAGAUGUAUAAGUCUCUGUUUUAUGGCAUGGUGCUCUUUGUUGCUGGUUUAGUUGCAGGGUUCUUUCUUUUUCAGUAG